ACGAAUUUCUUGAAAAAUCUUCAAUUUUAAUUAAAAAUCUGACCAAAAAUGACUUCAAAUAUAUCUUUGGGCUUCUUGGAGGACUGUCACUUGUUCAUGCAGAGAUUCGCAAACUUAAAUUCCAUCAACUUUCAGGACUUUUGCACAACUUGGAAUGAUUUGAACUUUCAUUGCAUAUUUUACGGAAGACAAUCCGUUGACGAUUUGAACAAUUUUGUGGAAGAAGCUCUCACAAUAGUCAAGAGAAUUUUCGUUCGCAGCAGUAAUAUGAACGAUAAAUGUUGUUGUCUUUAUUUGAUGUAUUCGAUCUAUCAGAAGCAACCGGAUAAGGGAGUUGCGAAGAUUCGAGUUACAGAAAAUGAUUGGAGUGCCUUCAAAGACUUUUAUUCGAAGCUUUCUUCCGAAGAAUAUCAACAUCCGUUCAUUAUUUGGUGGAAAUUGUUGCAAGAUGAUGCCUAUCAUUUCUGUCUUUUUGAGUCGAAAUACCUUCUGGAUGGUCAAUCGAAGAGCGAAAAUGACAAAACCGAGUCAGGAAUUGAGACUCAAUUGCAAUACAAACCGAUUUCCGCCUCAAUUUUGCACGAAGUUGAAGGUUUGCAGACAAAUCAUGGCAUCAUGUCGGCAUUAGAAGCCCUUGAAAUCGCCUACAACGAGAUGAAAGAGAAUUUGGAUCAACCUGAGGAAGGGGAAUGUACUUUGGCGCCAAGUACGUUGGUCAAAGACAUCAACGAAGCACUUCAGGAGAUGCAAGAUUUGUUCACGCACAGCAGACCUCAACGCGCGAAACGCAAAAGAACUCGUCGAACGACGGAAACGAGCAGAAAAGACUCCGACGAAGAGGUUGAAAGGGAAAAAGGCGAACGAAAAAGUAUCAAAGACAAGCGAAAAUCCAUCAAAGAUCGCGCUUUUAAGGAAAUCAAGAAGGAACGAGGCUCUGUAACGGAUAGCGAGAAGCCAAGUUGCUCGAGUCAAGAAGAAAGUCCCGUAAAAUCAACAAAAUCGAAAACCAUAGUUGACCAAAUUCACUUCAAAAAGAUCACCGAAGUACAAAAAAUCUUCGAAAUGAAUUGUUUGGAAAGUGAUUCGACCCAAUCGGAUGCUCUUCCGUCGCCGUCGCCGAAGAAAAAACCCAAAUCCGCUAAAAAAUAAAUUUAUUUACCAUCUAAAGUAAUUUUCGUUUGAGCUACAGUCGCGUGAUGAUCCGCACCAACUUGUUUGUUUCAACGCGGGACACGGCAAUCCGCCUCGUUUUGGAUGUUUCAAGACUUUUCGCGUUCGAAAUGUUUCUCCGAUGCCGCAUGCCUUUGAACACGCGCUCCAUGCACUCCAUUCGCCAACUUGACAAUCGGGCGAAACGUAUGCCUCGCGAUUCGGAACGCGACGCUUCACGGAACGCAUUGUACUGAAAAUGAAGAGAAAUGGGAUCAAAAUGAGGAAGGACAAGAAAAUGAUGAGAUCAACUGACGUCGAAGUUAAUUUCUCCGAAUAUUCGUCGUCUGUUUCAAAGUCAAAAUCGAAGGAUGAAAAUCCGCUUGAUGCGCAAUG